AUGAAUGUGAGAGCUUUUGAUGGUUCUCAGAGGGGUACUAUUGGAGAAAUAACCUUGGACAUGCUCAUUGGUCCUGCUACUUUCCCAAUAGCUUUCCAGGUUUUGGACAUUUCAUCUUCAUAUAACCUCUUAUUGGGUCGUCCUUGGAUUCAUAUGGCUGGAGCAGUUCCCUCUACUCUUUAUCAAUGCUUGAAGUUUGAAUGGGAUCAUGAAAAGGUUGUAGUCCAUGGAGAAAAGGGACAUCCUGUAUAUGCGAUAGAAGGAAGGGGUCAUCUAGAUGGUGAGAUGUACCAUACAGUUGAGCUUGUUGGCAACAUUGAACUCGGGAAAGGUUUGGGAGCUAAUUUGCAAGGAAUAGUUGAACAUAUACAACCUGUUCGUCAUUCAACCACUUUUGGCCUAGGAUAUAAAUAUACUACUGAGGAGUGGCUUGAUUGGCAACCACCUAGAGAUGGGUACUAUUAUCCAUUGAAGAAACCAAUACCACCAUUGCACCAGUCAUUCCGAUCAGCAGGUUUCAUGGGAUGUAUCAUUGGUGAUCUUCUGGAAGACAUGAAGGGUUUAUCUCUGACCAAGGAGGAAGGAAAGGGUUGCAAUGUAGUGAUCAACGAGGAGGAGAAAGGGGACCCUAGAGGAAGCAAUGAAGCAGGGAUCAGCAUCAGCAUUUGGACCUCAACUCCAUCCAGACCUCGUCGGGCAUCUAGCAAAAUCUAUUAUAAAAAUGUUGAAUCUGAGACUAUGACAUAUAAUGAGACUGCACAGCUUAACAUUAAUGACUUAGAGGAAGUCGAAGAAAGUGAGGUCCCUGAAGAGUUAAUCAAAAAGGUUGAGGAAUUCGAGGAAAAACCCAACCCCAAUCUAGUGGAAACAGAGGUGGUAAAUCUGGGAAGUUCAGAAGUGGUACAAGAGACCCGAGUAAGCAUCCACAUGACGGAAGAGGACAAGAAAGAGUAUACAGAGUGUCUCAUGGAGAAUAAAGAUAUCUUCGCCUGGUCCUAUGCAGACAUGACAGGGCUAAGCACUUCAAUUGUAGCUCAUCGAUUGCCUACUGAUCCAACAUGUCCUCCUGUGAAGCAGAAGUUGAGAAAAUACAAGCCUGAGUUGAGUCUGAAAAUCAAAGAAGAAAUAUCGAAGCAAUUACAUGUUGGAAUCCUUCAAGUGACGGAGUACCCGACCUGGCUUGCAAAUGUCGUUCCAGUGCCGAAGAAAGAUGGAAAGGUUAGAGUCUGUGUGGAUUAUCGAGAUUUCAACAAAGCUAGCCCCAAAGAUAAUUUUCCAUUGCCCAACAUACACAUCUUGAUUGAUAACUGUGCUAAGCAUGAAACACAAUCAUUCGUGGAUUGCUUUGCUGGCUAUCAUCAAAUUGAGAUGCACAAGGACGAUGCUGAGAAGACUGCUUUCAUCACACCGUGGGGUGUCUACAACUACAAGGUAAUGCCUUUUGGUUUGAAGAAUGCUGGGGCUACAUACAUGAGGGCAAUGACCACUUUGUUUCACGACAUGAUACACAAGGAAAUUGAAGUUUAUGUGGACGAUGUCAUCAUCAAAUCAAAGAAGGGCUCAAAUCAUCUAGACGAUUUGCGAAAGUUCUUUGCCAGGCUACGCAAAUAUAACUUGAAGUUGAAUCUUGCAAAGUGUGUCUUUGGGGUUCCUGCUGGAAAGCUUCUGGGUUUCAUUGUCAGCCGUCGGGGUAUAGAACUAGAUCCAUCAAAAAUCAAAUUCAUUCGUGAUCUACCUCCUCCGAAGAGUAAGAAAAAGGUAAUGAGUUUCCUGGGACGACUAAAUUACAUCAGUCGCUUCAUAGCCCAGUCUACUGUCAUUUGCGAGCCCAUCUUCAAGUUGCUUAAGAAGGACGCUGCGAUAUUACUGAGCGAGUUUGACAUAGUAUAUGUUACACAGAAGGCAGUGAAAGCACAAGCAUUAGCAGAUCAUAUGGCGGAGAACCCUGUAGAUGAUGAUUAUAGACCAUUGAAGACUUACUUCCCAGACGAAGAAGUAGCUUUUGUCGGGGAAGACAUUUCUAAAGAAUAUGAUGGUUGGAGGAUGUUCUUUGAUGGAGCUAAGAACUUGAGCGGAUCCGGCAUCGGAGCUGUUUUGAUCUCACUAACUGGGCAACAUUAUCCGGUAUCAGCCAAACUCAGGUUCCUUUGCUCGAAUAAUAUGGCCGAAUAUGAAGCUUGCAUAUUGGGGCUCCGACGCGCUAUUGACCUGGAUGUCCAGGAAAUGUUGAUAAUAGGAGAUUCAGACUUAUUGAUCCAUCAGGUCCGAGGCGAAUGGGCUACCAAGAAUCGAAAAUUGUUACCAUACUUGGAGUGCGUGCAUAGGUUGUGCAAAAGGUUCAUCAAGGCAAAAUUCAAACAUGUGUCGAGGAUCCAGAAUGAAUUCGCAGAUGCCUUAGCCACCUUAUCUUCCAUGAUUCAACAUCCGGAUCAUAAUUACAUUGAUCCUAUUUACAUCCAUAUAUACGAGCAACCGGCAUACUGUUUUCAUGUUGAGGAAGAACCUGAUGGAAAGCCUUACGGAGAAAUCCUUUAUAGGAGGACUCCCGAUUUGGGGUUGCUAAGGUGUGUCGAAGCUGGAGAAGCCAACAGGUUGAUCAAAGAGAUACAUGCAGGAACAUGUGGUCCUCAUAUGAAUGGCUUUACACUGGCAAAGAAGAUCUUGAGAUCGGGAUAUUUCUGGCUAACUAUGGAGACAGACUGUAUCCGCUAUGUUCAAAAAUGUCACCAAUGUCAGACCCACGCAGAUAUGAUCAGAGUUCCUCCCAACGAACUCCAUGUUACUAGUUCACCGUGGCCCUUUGCAGCUUGGGGCAUGGACGUCAUUGGUCCAAUCGAGCCAGCGGUAUCCAAUGGACAUAGAUUCAUUUUGGUUGCAAUUGACUACUUCACCAAAUGGGUCGAAGCCCUCUCUCACAAAUCAGUGACAAAGAAGGUUGUUGAUGACUUUGUCAAAAACAAUAUCAUCUGUAGGUUCGGGAUUCCUGAGUCAAUCAUCACUGAUAACGGAACCAACCUAAAUAGUGAUUUGAUGAGAUCAUUGUAUGAGAAGUUCAAGAUCAAUCACCGAAAUUCUACAGCAUAUAAACCACAGAUGAAUGGAGCUGUUGAGGCUGCAAAUAAGAAUAUCAAAAGGAUAUUGCGCAAGAUGAUCGAUAAUCAGAAACAUUGGCAUGAAAAGUUAUCCUUUGCAUUGUUGGGAUAUCGUACAACCAUCAAAACUUCUACUGGGGCUACGCCUUAUUUUCUGGUAUAUGGUAAUGAAGCUGUAAUACCUGCCGAAGUGGAAAUACCAUCUCUAAGGAUUAUUCAAGAAGCGGAGUUGGAUGAUGCUAAAUGGAUACAAAUCCGAGCGGAAAAUCUUGCAUUGAUAGAUGGAAUGAGGAUUAACGCCGUUUGUCAUGGUCAACUUUAUCAAAAUAGAAUGGCCAGAGCUUUCAAUAAAAAGGUUAGACCUAGACAUUUUUCACCUGGGCAACUGGUUCUGAAGCGGAUUUUUUCAAAUCAAGAUGAAGCAAAGGGUAAAUUCUCGCCAAACUGGCAGGGUCCAUAUAUAGUCUCUCGGGUAUUAACAGGCGGAGCCCUCAUACUUGCAGAAAUGGAUGGAGAAGUUUGGCCCAAACCCAUCAACUCAUAUGCUGUGAAAAGAUAUUACAUCUAA